UGCAUUUACGACCAAUUGGUAAACAACAGAUCCUGCUUUACGGCAGAGCUUAAUUUUUACGUUAGAGAGUGGCAACAGCAUUGUGUGCAUCGAAACUGCUCCUGUCUAAAGGUAAUUUUAGCUGGACAGUUUGAGUUGAUGUAGCAUAUGAAUUGUACAUUUCGUACCGGAUAAUUAUUUCGUUUUGGACCAUUUGGCAAAAGUCCUGUCCUGCAUUUGCACGUGUCAAGUUACAGCGAGUUGAGCUCACACCACAGUAAAGUCACACCCAAUUAGCCUAGCUAGCUAGCUUCGUACUGUAUGCUGUGUUUGUAGCUAUUGUUAGUCCAUAAACAUAAUUUUGCUUUUCAGUAUUUGGACGUUUGCCUAAGGCAGAACUUGUGUGGUUGCUUGUCAUGCUAUGAACUCAUUGUCAGUCAUCGCUCCCGGCCUGCCCUGUAUGAUUGCUAAUGCAUGUAUGUCACUUACCCCUGCUGCAGAGUGCUGCUUAGGCAAUGCGCUUUGGACUGCCUGCUACAGAAGGAUUGCUGGCUGGUGGACCUCUGAGGGCAUUCUUUGUGGUGAGUAUGUGUCCCAAACCACAAGUAGUCAGGUAGAAGAGACAUAUUCAAGAAGUUGCUUAGCUGUCUGCAAUCCAUUUCGUAUAUGCUUGUUGUCUUGCCAAAUGUAGCCUAGUCCUAGCCAUUGUAAUAUGCAGAAACAGUCAAGUGGUUGAUUUGAUUUACUGUAUUUCUCAUGAAAUAUUUCCACCAUAGAAUGUUGUCUGUCAGUUCUUCUCCUAAACCCCUAGACUGCGUUGCUGAGCGUGUUGAUGCACGCGUUGCUGAGGACUGUGGGAUUGAGAGCGUUCUCCAUGGCGUCCGAGACCUACAUGGCGGGCACACACUCCGCCGCCUUCGUCACCUGCCCCAACGAACAGGUGGCCAAAGAUCUGGCCAGGUAACGGAUAGACACAGACAUACACACAAACAAACAUUAUUCUCUGCUAUGUUGAAUUGGGAAGCAUGUCAGAUGUCACCUCUAGAAGACAUUUCUAUCAGCAAUGUUCAGAAAGUUGCACUCUCCCGAAUGCGACGUUGAUUCACACUAUAGGGCCAAACUGAGCCAGGUUAAGCUGAACUGGGCUAAACUGCUUAAACCGUGCUAGAAAGGAAAAUGUCAAACAAAAUAUCAGAGCCGGUAUGGUUGGCGUCGGCUCUGUAGUCUGAAUCAUGUAUUUGUUAUCCAUAUUGUGCUGGAUGCAGUUUAUCCAUCCAUUCUGAUUGGUUAUUGUCAUUGUCUCUUCCCCCCACCUGACAGAGGGAUCGUUGAGAAGAAGCUGGCUGCUUGUGUCAACAUAGUUCCCAAAAUCACAUCUGUGUAAGUGUGGACCAUGACGGAUCAGAGAUUAGAACACGUGAAGGGAAUGGAAGGGUUACUGAUUAGGAUUGGCAACAUGUCUCUGUUUCUUGUCAGAUAUGAAUGGCAGGGGAAGAUCGAGGAGGAUAGUGAAGUUUUGCUGGUGAGCAUUCACACCUCUUUCUAUUUCUGGUCCUGUUCGAUAUGAACCUAUAGUAUCUGUAUAUGCUGCCCUGCAAGUCCAUGACAAAACAUAUAGGCCUAAUGGAAUAGCUAGUACUGUUAUUGUGCAUUGAAUGAAGACUCAAUAUGCUUGGUUUAUCGGAGUGUGAUGUAACUAAAGUUGUAACUACUUUCUUCCUACUUUUAGAUGAUAAAGACCAGAAGUUCUAAGGUUGCAUCUCUGGCAGAAUAUGUUAGGUAAUCAUUGUGUGUGUGUUCCAUUAUUUCCCUCAGUUAUAGGGAUAAUACGUAGUCUAUGUACAAAAUCAGGCAAUGGGUUGUUUAAUCAGUCCUUUCCCAGAAUUUCCAUUGACAUUUAUCAGAGACUCAUAUAGCAGGGGUGUACUGUGUGUGUGUGUGCAUGCAUUUGUCUAUCUAUGUGUGUGUGUGUGACUCAUACUGUGUUUGCUUUCUAACAGGUCCAACCAUCCGUAUGAAGUAGCAGAGGUCAUCAGCCUACCCAUAGAGCAGGGCAACCCGCCCUACCUCAAGUGGCUCGGUGACGCUGUACCAGAAUGA